UCGAAAAUCUAACCUCAUUCGAAUGUCAUAAUAGAAUGCCAUUCGUCGCUCACACAGAAACUAAAUAAGAAAUUUAAUUUGAAAAGAAAAAAAUGUUCAAAGUGUUGCGAUUGGUUUGUCAUCAACGGCAAUUUCCUGCUGUGCGGCAAUUUUCAUUCAAAAGUGAUAUUUCAACAGAGGUCUUGUAUCCAAACAGCAAACAACAAUUAUUUACACCACCGCCACCACCUCCACGCGCUGACAACAAAUUCAAUGGAUACAUCCCGAUGAAUGCCGUUUCAGUUACAUAUUCGCGUAGCAGUGGGCCAGGCGGUCAAAAUGUGAAUAAACUUGAUACGAAAGUUGAUCUUCGGUUUCAUGUGAAAACCUCCGAAUGGAUACCAGAAGCUGUGCGAGAGAAAAUCCUUAUCAAGUUCAAAAACCAAAUCAACAAAGAUGGUUACUUUGUGGUGAAGAGUGAUUUGACUCGCUAUCAGCACUUGAAUUUGGCUGAUGCUCUGGAACGUGUGCGAAGCAUAAUUCGUGAUUUAGAAGAAGAUCUCACUCCAAAGGAAACAAAGCCCGAAAAGUUGGCAGAGAUUCAAAGACGACACGAAAAAGCCGCACGAGAACGAUUAUUUGUAAAACGAAGCCGAUCACAAACCAAAUCCGAUCGUUUAGUCGGGUAAACACCCAUUUUGUUACUAUGCAAUAGCCCCGGAUUGAACGGAAUUUUGAAUUUAAUUGAAUAAAUGUGGAUUUAUAACAAAAAAAAAA